AUGUACCUCUCGGAAGGCGUCUACCUCUCGGAAGACGUAGCCUCUCGGAAGACGUCGCCUCUUGGAAGAUGUCGCCUCUCGGAAGACGUCGCCUCUCGGAAGACGUCGCCUCUCGGAAGACGUCGCCUCUCGGAAGACGUCGCCUCUCGGAAGACGUCGCCUCUCAGAAGACAUCGCCUCUCAGAAGACGUCGCCUCUCGGAAGACGUCGCCUCUCGGUAGACGUCGCCUCUCGGAAGACGUCGACCUCCAUGAAGACGUCGACCUCCCAGAAGACGUCGACCUCCCAGAUAACUUCGACCUCCCAGAAGACGUCGACUUCCCAGAAGACGUCGACCUCUCAGGAGAUGCCGACCUCUCGGGAGAUGCCGACCUACCAGAAGAUGUCGACCUAUCAGAAGAUGCCCAUCUCUUGGAAGAUGCCGACCUCCCGUAA